AUGGAUCUGCUCACGCUGAUUGACUGUCAGCGUGAAGUCCAAGUUCGCAUCGCACGCUCAGUAGAGUAUCUCAGAAAGCUGGGGAACGCCAACAUCACCGCCAGCGCCGUCACCACUCGCACCAGGAUCAUUGACCAGUUGUGGUCGAAAUUUGAGACGCAGCAUGAUCUCAUCCGCUCAGGUCUGAAAGAUAAAUUCAAUGAAAGCGAUUAUGUCAAAUCAGGAUUGCAUGAGGAUACCGAAAACCUCUAUGUGGCACAACGGAGCUUGCUGGAUGGCUACGCCGAGCAAUUCCAGGAGUCUCCUCCGUCGCCCGUUCGCCGGAAUACCGAGGGCGCUUCAAGGUCCUCGUUGCCGCGUAUCAAGGUGCCGCUGUUCUCUGGCAACUACGCAGAUUGGCCAUCCUUCCGAGACCUUUUCCUCUCCGUCAUCGGAGACAACACGUCGAUCUCAAACAUCGAGCGUCUUCACCAUCUUCGUUCGAGCGUGACCGGACAAGCUGAAAAAUUAAUACGAUCAUUACCUGUCACCGGCGACAAUUACGAUCGCGCUUGGGCAAUCUUGAGCAAACAUUAUGAGAACAAGAGAGAACUUAUCCGCUCCAACUUUGCCACAUUCGUCAACGUGUCAAAGAUGAAGGGAGAUACCGCCGAUGAGUUGAGUCGCAUCCAUAACGCCGCCACCACCGUCGUCAACGCGCAGGAGAGCAUCGGUCGUCCGAUCGACACGCACGGGAUGGACCUCUUCAAUUACCUCGUCACGGAGCUCUUCGACGCAACCACUCGCCUCGAAUGGGAGUCAUCCACAUCAGGAUCCGCCGAACCACCAUCGCUCGAAACACUUCUCGAUUUCAUUAGCCGACGGAUCCUGACACUCAACGCUGUACGACCGAAAGCGAUCAACAAACACUCAGGCGAAGCACGAGCGGCCAAAUCUCACGUCACCAAGCACGGACCGGCAUCUCCACAAUGUGCACUGUGCCGGGAGAAACACACGCUCAUGGCCUGCCGUGAGUUCAAGGCCAAGUCCUCUGCGGAACGAAAGACAUUCGUGGAGACGAACAAGCUAUGUUACAAUUGCCUGGGGAACCACUUUCUCUCACGAUGUCAAUCGAAGAAAAACUGCUUCACUUGCAACGCACGUCACCACACAAUGUUGCACGAGGCACACACCGCGUCUCCGGCCUCCGAGGUCAACAGGUCUGCCGCCGCAUCAGCUUCCUCACUUGCCACGACACUAGCCACUACCCAUCAGAGCGAGGAUCGAAAGGCCAUCCUCCUAGCAACGGCACGCGUCAACAUAGCUGACAGGUAUGGAUCUCCUCACGCAGUGCGAGCUCUACUCGAUCAGGGUUCUGAGCUGUCCAUCAUCUCCGAAACGGUGGCUCAACGAUUACGACUACCUCGAGUUCACACAGGACUGUCCAUCUUCGGGGUUGGAGGAGCCCGUCCAGGGCCAACCCGCGGCAAGGUCACGCUGAAUAUAUCUUCAGACGUGACCAACGCCAAGCUCUCCGUGGUGGCAUACGUUCUGCCGCGCCUCCUGCUGACGCAAGGUCCCGCAUCAAGGACCAACCAACGUUGGCCUCACAUUCAAGGCCUCCAGCUGGCCGACCCAACCUUCCAGGACGACGACCCCGCGGAGUUACUCCUGGGAGCGGAGGUCUGCUCGUUUAUUAUCGAGGAGGGCGUACGCAAGGGCGGUCCAGAGAUGCCGAUCGCCCAGAAGACCAUGCUUGGUUGGAUUCUCUCCGGGGGGUCAGAUGCAACAGCAACCGAGGAUCACCGCCGCACGUUCCGCUGCACCGCUGAUUAUGACCUCGCUGAUCUGGUGCGUCGAUUCUGGGAACAGGAACAGGAGCCCACCGCUGUCGCAUCCCUCACUCCCGACGAACAAAGAUGUGAGGAGCUCUUUGUGCGCAGUCACACCCGCACUGCCGCUGGGAGAUAUGUGGUGAGGUUGCCAUUUUCCUCACCGCCAACAGCACUGGAGGAGACUCGCAGACCAGCGGAACGUCUCCUGACAGCCAUGGAGCGACGCUGCGUCCAGGAUCCUCGCUUCGGUGACCUCUACCGCAGCUUCAUGCGGGAAUACGAAGACCUGCGACACAUGACGAUGCUAAACACUGCGGUAAUUGAUCGUCAAGACAAGUGUUACUUACCACAUCAUGGGGUCUUCAAGGAAUCCAGCACCACCACCAAGUUGAGGGUCGUCUUCAACGGAUCGCAGCAAACGCGAGCAGGGGAAGCGCUGAACACGCAUCUCCUCACUGGUGCAAACCUGCUUCCGACACUCGCCGACGUGCUGCUCCGAUGGCGUCAACACCGCUACGUCCUCGUCGCCGACAUAGAAAAGAUGUACCGGCAGAUUCUCGUGCAUCCAGACGAUUGUCGCUUCCAGACGAUCCUGUGGCGGCAUUCUCCGGACGAUGAAGUGCAGGAAUACCAGUUGAGAACGGUCACUUACGGUCUCGGUUGCGCUCCAUUCCUCGCCAUACGGACUCUUCACCAACUAGCUGAGGAUGAAGAGGAGCAUUUUCCUCGAGGCGCUGUGGCCUUGCGACGGGAUUGCUACGUCGAUGACGUCGUCACCGGAGCAACCACCCUCGAGGGAGCAAUCGUCCUCCAGACGGAACUACGCAACCUCUGUAAGGCGGGUGGAUUUCCGUUGAAAAAGUGGGCAGCCAACAAUGAGGAGAUACUGACAGGCGUCCCGCAGGAUCAUCGCAUGCAACAAUCGCAGCACUCAUGGAAUGGGGAGAGCCACUCAACGCUAGGACUUGAUGGCAUCCUCAAGACGAUCAGUUCUCCUUCGUGCUGCGUCCACCGUCUAUAA